CUAACAUACGGUGUACAUCCGCUUUCCGCCAAUCAGUAUACGUCCGAAUGAAUGUGCAUGUGAGUUAUGGAGAAUGCAUCUAAACUUGUCAAUGGAUCCGAUGCCCCUGCCACUGGAUUCAGGCAUGCCUUGCCUCAGAUUGCAGCUAUGUCGAGGCAUCCAAAGAUAGCUCAAAGCAAGACCGCAAGUUCAGAUCCACUGCCAAUCGGACAGUCAACAACUGAGGUGGAGGGUGUAGGAAAAGUUUUUCAUAUAGGUUCAGAAUUGAUGGAAGUUGACACAAGCCCUGAGAAAAAUCUUCUUGAACAACUCGAAAAUAAUACAUCACCAGCAACUGAGGUACCUCCUGAAAUUAAAGAAAAUCACAACUCAAAGGACAUAAAAGACGAUACUAAGAACACUCAUGGACUUAAUGGAGCAACAUCUGAUGUGAAUCUGGAAACUACAAACUCUGAGGUUUCGUCAAAAGAAAGUAGGUCUCGUGGCAGAAAGUCAAACACACUGAAAAAAGAGACUCCUGCUAAGUCGCCAGCUUCUAAAUCAUCAAAUGAAAGCUCAAGGGAAUCUUCUAAAAAGCGGAAACCAGUUGAUGCAAACACAACGCCAGUUACUGUGGAGACACCAAUAUCUGAUGCAUCAAGUCCAAGUAAGCGCCAGCGUAAACCGAAAAAGUUUGAAGAUGAGACAGAGCCACAAAAGCCGCAGAAAAGUGCAGAAAAGACUCCUACGAAAGCCAAGCCUGCAGUGGUUGUUGAUGCUGAAUUGGAAGCUAAGUAUCCAGUGAAGUGGCUGGUGGGAGACCUGGUGUGGGCCAAGGUACCUACCCACCCCUGGUGGCCCUGCAUGAUCUCAUACGACCCCUUCACCUCUGUACACACGAAGGCCAACCCUAAACGUGGCCGGGAAUACCACGUGCAGUUUUUCGGGGAUGCAGCAGAAAGGGGAUGGAUUCCUUCAAGCAAUCUUCUGGAGUUUCUGGGUAGAGAGAAGUUUGAUGAGUAUGUUAAAGGACUCCUUGAGAAUGCAAAGAGUCCAAAGGAUUUAGAAAGGUUGAAAAAGUGGUACGAGGUUAAACCACACCGAAAAAAAGCAGUUGAUAAGGGCAUCCAACAUUGUGAGACUGCAUUGCCUUUAAGUCUUAAUGAAAGAAAAGCUCAGUUCACAUUUACUUACCAGAUUCCGAAAUUAAAUAAAAAGGAUGUAAAUUUGCAAGAUAUAGAUGAAGAUGUGAAAAAGAUCAAAGAAGCAGAUGUGGAAGGUACAUUGGAAACAAAACCUGCUAAGAAGCGAAAACAUUCUGAGGUUGUCACUCCAGAAAAGACAAAAUCUGCUUCAAAGAAGCGAAAAAUUGAGACCGAGACAGAGAAAGAACAAACAGAAUCUCCAGUUGUGUCUAUAGGUAAAAAGACAAGUGUGUCGAAAAUAAAGCUAGAUAGUGAAGGGUCAUUUGAUGUCUUCUGUCAGAAGGAACGUGAUAAUGUGCUAGCGGAACAUCCCGAGUUCUCUGAUGAAAUGCUUAUGGACUACUGUAAGCAGCAAUGGUGCAUGAUGAGCAAGAAACAAAAGGCGCGAUACAAGAGCAAAUACAAUGAUGAAUCAGAUGCAAGCCAGGAAAUGUCCCCAUCUCGGCAACGGAGACCUUCAAAGAAGGUGAAGGAGGCUGAGGAGGAUAACAAGCUUGUGGACGAAGUCUUGUCCGGGAAGAAGGCAGCCACCCCCACUGUCAGCAAAGCUAAAGUUGCCUCCCCUCCUAGUAAAUCCACUCCCACUGCAAGCAGAGCUAAAGUUGCCUCCCCUAAAGCAGCCACGCCCACUGUCAGUAGAGCUAAGGUCGCCUCUCCAACUGCAAGCCCGUCGCACAGCAAGAAACGGGGUCGACCUCGCAAAUCAGAAGUGUCAGAUCAAGUGCAGAAGGAAAACCUGGAUUGCGGAACACCAAAGGCCACCAAAGAGAGCACAAAGGUGAAUACAAACAAGGACCUGAAACCAGUGAAAGAGCCUGAACCUGUGAAAGAGACAGCUGUGAAAACUGAGCCAGAUAGCGAGAUGGGAGGUGAAGUGAAGACAGAGGUGGGAGAGGAGAAGCCAAUAUCAGUUAUUCCAGCCAAGAGAGCCAAGCCAAAAAAAUCUGCAACUAGUGACAGCACUUCUGAUAAUGCCAGUGAGAGUGGUCGGUCGACGCCCACACUGGUGACAGAACCACUGGCAGCCCCCCGCAAAGAAAAAGAAGAGUUCGAAUACGAAAUGGAGAUCACAAAGCUUUCGAGCGCAGGGCCGCAGCGGAAGGAAAACCUCUGUCAGAUCUGCGAACAGACUGGAGAGUUACUUGAGUGCACGGGGCCAUGUCAGGGCUUCUUCCACACAGACUGUCUGGGCAUAGCGAGGACCCCAGAGGGGGAGUUCAAGUGUGACGAGUGCACUAAUGGCACCCAUUCAUGCUUCGUGUGCAAGAAGUCUGACGGCAGUACCCAGCGGUGUUCAGUAACAGUGUGUGGCAAGUUCUACCACCCUGACUGCCUCAAGGAGUUCCCGCAGGCCAAGCAGGAGGGGAAGGGCCUCAUGUGUCCCCUACACAGCUGCCACACCUGCCUGGCUAACAAGCUGAAAGCCUCUGCCAACAAGACUAAUGGCCGGUUGCUGCGGUGUGUACGAUGCCCCACUGCGUACCACGUGGGAGACUUCUGUAUAGCAGCGGGCAGCAUCAAUCUGACAGGGCUGAACAUCGUGUGUGCCAAACAUUUCCAGCCCAUACCCUCCAUGAAACAUCACACGCAUGUGAACGUUGGCUGGUGCUUUAGCUGCAAUAAGGGUGGCACACUGCUGUGCUGUGAAAGCUGUCCGGCCGCCUACCAUGCAGAAUGUCUGAACAUAGAGUUCCCCACAGGGAGCUGGUACUGCCACGAUUGUGUGGUGGGAAAGAGGCCUUUGUAUGGAGACAUCAUUUGGGUGAAACUUGGAAACUACAGGUGGUGGCCAGGGGAGGUGUGUCACCCACGGAACGUACCAAUGAACAUCCAGGACAAGCCUCACCAGGUGGGAGAGUUCCCUGUGCACUUCCUUGGCUCUCAUGAAUACUUCUGGCUGCAUCAGGGCAGGGUGUUCUCUUUCCAAGAUGGCGACAAAGGCGCCACAGGUUCGUCUUCUAAUAAAGGACUGGCAAAACACUUUCAGAAAGGUCUAAAGGAGGCCACGGAGGCCUACAAGGUGGUGAAGGAGUUCAGAGAAAACAGAGAGCAGCUGGAGAUAGCCAAGGAGAGCAAAAAGCCAGCUCCCUUCAAGAUGGUCAAGACCAAUAUACCGCUGGGCAGCGUGACCAUAAAGAAGGCGGACCUCUCAGAGUUGCCGAGUUGCGAGUGCAAGCCGGACGAUGACAAGCCGUGCGGUCGUGACUCGGAGUGCCUCAACGCCAUGAUGAUGUAUGAGUGCCACCCCGCCCUGUGUCCAGCGGGGGAAAAUUGCCAUAACCAGUUCUUCACGAAGCGCCUCUACCCACCCCAGCAGUCUUACAAGACAGAGGCACGGGGGUGGGGCCUGAAAGCUAUGGCAGAUAUUAGAAAGGGAGAGUUUGUGAACGAGUACGUUGGAGACCUGAUAGAUGAGGAGGAAUGUAAGAGACGCCUGGAGAAAGCUCACGAGGAUAAUGUCCAUAACUUCUACAUGAUGACCCUCGAUAUGGACAGGAUUAUAGAUGCAGGGCCUAAGGGCAACCUGUCACGCUUUAUGAACCACAGCUGUGAUCCCAAUCUAGAGACACAAAAGUGGAACGUGAACGGUGAUGUACGCGUUGGCCUUUUUGCGCUCCGAGACAUCAAAGAAGGGGAGGAGCUGACAUUUAACUACAACUUUGAUUGCCUUGGUAACGAGCAGACCAAGUGUCAGUGUGGAGCAGAGAACUGCAGUGGCUUCCUGGGGGUUAGACCCAAGACUCAGCAUGCAGCCCAGGCAGAAAUGAAAAAGAAUAACGCUAAAAUGACUAAGCUGAAGAAGAAAAAGAAGGCGGAGAUACAGCGUAAGCAUGACGAUGACUGUUUCCGGUGCGGUGAGGGGGGAGAACUGGUGAUGUGCGACCGCUCGUCUUGCACCAAGAGCUACCACCUCCGCUGUCUGGGGCUCAGCAAGCCACCCUAUGGUAAAUGGGACUGCCCCUGGCACCACUGUGACCAGUGUGGCAAGCCGGCCAUCCAGAUGUGUGUAGAGUGUCCCAACUCGUUCUGCGUCACCCAUGCCGAAAAUCAGACUCGAGAGUUCGACGGGCGCAUGUACUGCAAUGAGCAUGAAGAGCUCCUAGAGACUUUAAUUGAGUCUCAGUCUCAGGGGUCCACGGCUUCGGAAGAAGAAGAACCAGCCAAUAAGAAAACAGUCGGCAAAAACGGGAAAACAAAUGGCAAUGGUGCAAAGACGAAAGUGAAGAAAGAAAAUGGUGGUGAGAAAAAGAGCCAGGAAACAUUGCCGCCGAAAAAAAGAGGACCAAAGCCAGUUGUGACUGAAGAUAAAGAUGAAAAGACGGGCAAUGGGAAAUCCCAGAAUGGCCGUCGCAGUUCGGUAAAAGGUGACCCAGUUCUGGAUGAAACUUUGGCCUUGGCGCCCAUGUUUGAUGAUGAUGACGAUGAGGAAUUUGGACUCGUUAUAGACAUUCCCACGUUUUAACUAUUUGAGCCUAGCUUUGUGAAAAGGCGGUUUAAUGCAUGUGCGUUAAGUGUCGUCCAAGAUUAGCCUGUGCAGUCUACACAGGCUUAUCAGGGACAACACUUUCCACCUAGUUGAUUUUUGCUGAGAAGAGACUUUCUAAGAAAAUCAUAAAAGCGGGAAGUGUUGUUCCUAACACAGGGACUGCACAGGCUUAUGGUACAACACCGUAGGUACAUUCAUUAAACCUUCUUUUCACAGAGAGAGGUUCAUUUAUAAGGGUGCAUGUAAAUUAUGUCUUCAUCGAAUUUAUCUACUCAUUAUUUAACAUUAUAGUACACAAAAGUCUGGUAUACAUAUUGCAAGUUUUUUCCAGGUAAACAUUUUGCAUUUAAUGAUCAUUUGUGGUUAUACCCCUCACAAACGAAGUUUAGGGGGGUAUAUAGGAGUGAGCUUGUCUGUCGGUCCAUAUUAAGUGUCUGCUGUCUAAUUCAAGUUUUUUUCAUCCGAUCUUCACCAAACUUGGUGAGAUGUUGUAUCUAGAUCGAGUUUCAAUAUGGCUCACGCCGGGUAAAAAACUAGGUCACGGGGUCUCUUAGUGCAUUUUAAACAUUGAGCAUGGUGUCCGCUGUCUAAUUCAAGUAAUUUUCAUCCGAGCUUCACCAAAUUUGGUCAGAAGUUCCAUCUUGAUGAUGUCCAGGUCAAGUUUGAACAUGGGUCAUGGCAGGUCAAAAACUAGGUCACCGUGUCACUUAGUGGGUAUUAAACAUCGAGCAUGGUGUCCGCUCUCUAAUUCAAGUAGUUUUCAUCUGAUCUUCACACACUUGGUCAGAAGUUGUAUCUAAAUGAUGUGUAGGUCAACUUCCAACAUGGACCAUGCGGGGUCAAAAACUAGGUCACAGGGUCACUUAGUGCGUUUUAAACAUUGAGCAUGGUGUCUGCUGUUUUUUGUGAAGACAACAUGCAAAAUAUUCUGUGUCAAUGCGGCAUUUUGGGGUAUUCGUCACGUCUGUGACAAAGCUCUAGUUGUUUUUAACAUGUGCAUUAAAUGUUUUGUGGGUUUUUAUAGCAGCAAGUUGUAAAUGUGUGCAUUUCAUCAAUUUUUAUUUUACGUCACAUUUUUAAGACAUUCCAAGUUUGGGUUGCAAAUGCUACUACAUUCGUCUUUUUAUGCCCCCCUUCGAAGAAGAGGGGGUAUAUUGCUUUGCUCAUGUCGGUCGGUCCGUCCACCAGGUGGUUGUCAGACGAUAACUCAAGAACGCUUGGGCCUAGGAUCAUGAAACUUCAUAGGUACAUUGAUCAUGACUCGCAGAUGACCCCUUUUGAUUUUGAGGUCACUAGGUCAAAGGUCAAGGUAACGGUGACCUGAAAUAGUAAAAUGGUUUGUCAAUGAUGACUCAAGAACGCAUACGCCUAGGAUCAUGAAACUUCAUGGGUAGAUUGAACAUGACUUGCAGAUGACCCCUAUUGAUUUUGAGGUCACUAGGUCAAAGGUCAAGGUCACGGUGACCCGAAAUAGUAAAAUGGUUUUCGGAUGAUAACUCAAGAACGCAUACGCCUAGGAUCAUGAAACUUCAUAGGUAGAUUAAUCAUGACUUGCAGAUGACCCCUAUUGAUUUUGAGGUCACAAGGUCAAGGUCACGAUGACCCGAAAUAGUAAACUGAUUUUCGGAUGAUAAGUCAAGAACGCUUUUGCCUAGGAUCAUGACACUUCAUAGGUACAUUGAUCGUGACCCGCAGAUGACCCCUAUUGAUUUUCAGGUCACUAGGUCAAAGGUCAAGGUCACAGUGACAAAAAUCGUAUUCACACAAUGGCUGCCACUACAACGGACAGCCCAUAUGUGGGGCAUGCAUGUUUUACAAACAGCCCUUGUUUCAUGACUUCAAUAAAACAGGUAUUUGUCAAAAGUCAGUAGGUAGUGAAAAAUGUGCAGAUUUCAACAAUUUAGAGAAUGCUUAUUUGGCUAAUUAUACAGUACAGUCAACACUUGUGAUACUUGCUUGGUGGUAGGAGUGUGAGGGGUGAAAAUACCAAUAUAGUUGAGCCGUGCUCUGUGAAAAGGGGGUUUAAUGCAUAUUCAGAAAGUGUUGUCCCAGUGCACAGACUAAUAAGGGACGACACUUUCCCCUUGAAUUGGAUUUUUGCGAAGAGACUUUCUUUAAACAGAAAAUCAUAAAAGCGUAGGGUCGUUCCUGAUUAGACUGUGAGGACAGCACAGGAUAAUCUGGAACGACACUUUAUGCACAAACAUUAAACACCCUGUUCACAGAGCACGCCUCAUUUAUUAAAAUUAUUUCCUUUUGAAUAAUAACCCUGAUCAGUUAGCUUUUUAAAUUUACUGUUAAACUCAUAUUUUUUAUCAUAUUGCCGCAAAGAAUUGUAGAAAUGCCCUUCUUCAGUCCCCGACUCUGUAAGUCGUCUACGACACUUUGUGUCUGCGACAUAUCUUUUAUACUACUUGACAAAUUUACAUGAAAUUUGCAUCAAAUGUUGAGGACAUUGAGACAAUGCGCAGACAGUACGAGUCAGUCAUGCAAGCUAAAGUUCAAAGUUGAAGCUUGAGGUCAGAAGUUUGUACCUCUAUUUGUGUCUGCUCUAUUUACUCUUAUACCCUUUUGAAGGAUUCUCGUGAAACUUGGUUUUAAUGUUUUUAAGUCAUUGAGACCAUGGGCAAAACAUGAGUCAGUCACGUCUGGCUUAAAGGUCACACUUAAAGGUUAUGUGUUUUUGUGUUAGGUCCAGAUCUCGUGCCAUUUGAAGGAUUGUCAUUAAACUUGGCUACAAUGUAAAUGUCAUAGAUAUUAUUUGCAAACAGCAUGAGUUAGUCACAUAGGCUCAAAAGUCGAGGUAAAACUUCAAGGUCAGUAUGUCAGAUCCACAUCUUCUUUACCAAUUGAUGGGUUUUCAUCAAACUUGCUCAAAAUGUAACAGUCAUUUGGGACAAUGUGCAGAAGGCUAUUCAGUCGCACCUGCUCAAAAGCAAGGUCACUACUUAAAGAUUUUAAAAAUCAUAAUUGGCGAUGUAGCUAUCUUGUAGACUUCCUUUUUGGCUCAUCUAUUUUUUUAUUUUUUUUUAAAUGAGCUAUUGUCAUCACCUUGGCGUCGGCGUCCGGUUAAGUUAUGCGUUUAGGUCCACUUUUCUCAUAAAGUAUCAAAGCUAUUGCAUUGAAACUUGGUACACUUACUUACUAUCAUGAGGGGACUGGGCAGGCAAAGUAAGAUAACUCUGGCAUGCAUUUUGACAGAAUUAUGUGCCCUUUUUAUACUAGAAAAUUGAAAAUUUUGUUAAGUUUUGUGUUUAGGUCCACUUUUUUCCUAGAGUAUCAAAGCUAUUGCUUUCAUAAAUGAGACACUUACUAACUGUCAUAAGGGGACUGUGCAGGCAAAGUUAUGUAACUCUGACUGGCAUUUUGACAGAAUUAUGGCCCCUUUAUACUUUGAAAAUUGAAAUUUUGUUAAGUUUUAUGUUUUGGUCCACUUUACUCCUAUCAAACUAUCAUAAGGGGACUGUACAGGACAAGUUGCAUAACUCUGGUUGGCAUUUUGACGGAAUUAUAGCCCUUUUUUGACUUAGUAACUUUGAAUAUUUGGUUAAAUUUUGUGUUGACAUCCACUUUACUUCUAAAGUAUCAAGGCUAUUGCUUUCAAACUUCAAAUACUUUCAUACUAUCAUGAAGGUACUGUACAUGGCAAGUUGAAUUUUACCUUGAUCUUUGAAUGAUCUUGACUCUUAAGGUCAAAUAAUUAAAUUUUGCAAAAAUUGCCAGGACUUUGUUAUUUAUGAUCAGAUUUGAUUUAUACUCUGACAAAACAACUCUUACCUGACAUACUACAAUAGACUCUACACAGACCAUGCCUUCCCCCCCCCCCCCCCCCACAGAAUCCCCCCUCCAAAAAAAAGUAAUUUUUAUUUUUCAAUUUUUAUUUUUUUUAUAUCAUCUUAUAAAUGACAAAACCCUCACACUAUAACCCCUGACCCCCCCCCCCCCCCCAUUUUUUGUAAACAUUGUUAAAAAACAAAAAUAGUUAUUUUUAUUAUUUUAUUUUUGAAAGACCGUCCAACUAUCCCACCCAAGAAUCACCCACCCCCCCCCCAAAAAAAAAAAAUUUUUUUUGUAUUUGUAUUUCUUAUUUUUGGAAGAUAAUGUAAUAAAUGACCACACCCCCACACUAUACAUCCCUCUCCACCCCACCUCUCCAUCUUUUUUGAUUGAAGUAUUGAGAUAGGUCCCUUCACCUUUAAAAAGAAAAAUAGAUAAGUGGUCUGCACCCGCAAGGCGGUGCUCUUGUUUAAGAUCUUAUAACAUUAUGCGCAUUGACAAAUUGUCAUGUGAUUGUGACAAUGCUAGGUGGAAUUGUAAUUCAAUACCCUAUCUAGUUACAUCACACUAAAUCAUGAAUUGUAUGGUGUGUAUAUAUGUGGUCAGAGACAGAGUUUGAAAUGAUUUUAUUUUAACUUGGUGUUUAUUUCACUGUAAAAGCAUGAAGUUGAUUUGUAUAAACAUUGAUUUUAACUUUAUUAUUCGUUCAUUUCACUGUUAAAGCAUGAAGUUAAUUUGUAUAAACACAUGUUUCAAUUACUAUUUAAAUUCCUAUGUCUGUAUGUGCUUAUCUGUGAGUGUUUGAAAGCAAUUUGUAAAUAAAAGUGGAAUCUAUAA